CUACGUCCUGUACCAGACUGGUGAAGGUGAACCCGGCUUGUGUCUGUCAUUGCCGUCCCAGGAAGCACCCUUUCCCCGUCUCUUAUCGGCAUCAUUCGCUUUACCCUGAGCCAUGUCCUUGUUCAGCGACGUCCCUCAGGCCCCGCCUGUAGCUGUCUUUAAACUUACUGCCGAUUUCAGAGAGGACAGCCACCUCCAGAAGGUGAAUCUGGGAGUUGGAGCGUACCGUACUGAUGACUGCCAGCCCUGGGUGCUGCCUGUAGUGAAGAAGGUGGAGCGGCUGCUUGUGGAGGAUAACAGCCUGAACCACGAGUACCUGCCCAUCCUCGGCCUGCCAGAGUUUCGCUCUUCUGCCUCCAAGGUCGCCCUGGGAGACGACAAUCCUGCCAUCAAGGAGAACAGGGUCGGGGCUGUCCAGGCUCUGGGCGGAACAGGAGCCUUGAGGAUCGGGGCAGAUUUCUUGCGCCGGUGGUACAACGGCGUCAACAACGCAGGCACACCUGUUUAUGUGUCAGCACCAACCUGGGAGAAUCACAACGGUGUGUUCACGGACGCUGGGUUCAAGGACAUCCGUCCAUACCACUACUGGGAUGCUGCCAAACGGGGUUUGGAUCUGACUGGACUUCUGGAUGACUUGGAGAAAGCUCCAGAACACUCCAUCUUCGUCCUCCAUGCUUGUGCUCACAACCCGACCGGCACCGACCCGACCCAGGAGGAGUGGAAGACCAUCGCAGAGGUCAUGAAGAGGAGGAAGUUGUUUCCGUUCUUUGAUUCAGCUUACCAAGGUUUUGCCUCUGGUAACCUGGAAAAAGACGCCUGGGCGAUCCGCUUCUUCGUCUCGCAGGGCUUUGAGCUCUUCAUCGCUCAGUCUUUCUCCAAAAACUUUGGCCUCUACAAUGAGAGGGUGGGGAACCUGACGGUGGUUUCCAAGGACAACGAGAACCUGACCCGCGUUCUGUCCCAGAUGGAGAAGAUUGUGAGGACGACCUGGUCCAAUCCGCCAUCUCAGGGAGCGCGAAUCGUCAGCAAGACCCUCAACAGUCCUGAGCUGUUUGCAGAAUGGAAGGACAACGUGAAGACGAUGGCAGACCGGGUCCUGCUGAUGAGGGAUCAGCUGAAGGGCAAGCUGAUAGCUCUGGGCACUCCAGGAACCUGGGACCACAUCACUCAGCAGAUCGGGAUGUUCAGCUUUACUGGCCUCAACCCCAAACAGGUGGAGUACUUGAUCAAAGAGAAGCAUGUGUACCUGAUGGCGAGCGGUCGCAUCAACAUGUGCGGCUUGACCUCUAAGAACAUCGACUACGUCUCUCAGGCCAUCCACGAGGCCGUCACCAAAGUCCAGUAAACGUCCACACUCCUAAUCGCUACUGUAUCCACAGGAAGUACUGUCAUGUCUGCACCUCAAACCUGCUCAUCUUCUCCUCUGAUUGGUUGAAAAGUGACAGGUAAACCAAUUAGAGGCCAGGUGUUUUUUUUUUUUCCUUUGUCCCAUCAAGUUUCUGGAAUGAGCACAGUAAAUUAUUCCCUGUCAGCAGAUCUCUAUACCUGGAUGCUACAGUCAGAUUGUAGUUAGUUGUCUCCAGAUGUUAGUGCAAACCAAAAUAUUUUAGCUGAAAGUGUAAUCGGUUUUAAACUGAGCUGUAGAAUAAAACUAUUGUGCUUCCUCUGUAGACGUGGAACAAAAGCCAACGGUAAACUUCAAGGUUCGACUAUUUCAUGCUUAUGCACUGAACUGCAGCUGUGACAAAUGACAAGUAAUGAAGAAAAUUAUAUUUUCCUAUUUUAAACCAUUUCAAUUUACAAAUAUUUUAGCUUGUAUUUCUGUGUGUAUUGCAGCAGCACAUUGUUGGCAUCCAUUUCUGGAGUAAUUUUACUUAAUAUUGAUGAGGAAAUACGAGACGCACAAACAUUUGUUCUUUUUUUUUCAUGGUUUUUCUCUAAAGAAGUUGCGUUUGCAUCAGCAGCUCAGCAGUGAUCUUCUCUGUCGUGACAGGAUGAAGAAGAAAAACCGGUGCCUGAUCUAGGUUUUGCCAUCUUAGCAUCGUUUUCAUUUAUCCGUUAGCUUCUUUAAGCCCCUCUGUGCCAACAGAAGAAAAUCACCUGCCUCCUCACUGUUACUUAAACGUUUCCCUGCAGUGCCCUUAACUGUUUUCACAAAGACACUCAGACACACUCUCAUCUUGUGCCAGUGUUUGUAAAGGCAUGUUGCAAUAUGUUCAUGCGUAAAUAAAUUAUUAAACACACAUACCA